UCUCCGCAACGAAAGUGACAUUUACGGUGCGGUCGGUGCGGUACAGGCGGUACCUUGCGCGUUUCCGUACCACCGUGACAAAAAUUGGUGGUCGACAAUGCGUUAGGGGAGGUAAAAACCAACGUGCUUCAGAUGCUACGUGAGUGUUGGAGACAUGGAUAACGAGGCCAAUGAAGCCGACGACGCCUUGAGACUGGAACGACGUGCCAUCAAGCGCAUCAUCGAUGCCAAGCUCAAGGCGAGGCCAGGCCGUACUUUGUGGUUCAAACGCGGUCCAAACAAUGAGCUGUUUGAGCAGGAGGGUGAUGGCUGGAGCAAGCUGGGCUAUGCAAGCAGCUUCAACAUGGAGCCAAACUCACUGCCUGAUAAUGUCGAGCGCAUCCAUGUUGGCUGCGUGUCACCCAAUGAGUUCAUUGAGAAGUAUGAGAAGCUCUACAAGCCUGUUGUCAUUCAGGGAGCCACCGACAACUGGAAGGCCCAGUACAAGUGGACCCUACCAAGGUUGGCAAGGAAGUACCGCAAUCAGAAGUUCAAGUGUGGUGAAGACAAUGAUGGUUACAGCGUCAAGCUCAAGAUGAAGUACUUUGUCUACUACAUGGAGAACAACAGAGAUGACAGCCCCUUGUACAUAUUUGACAGCAGCUUUGGCGAAGGUAUAAGAAAACGGAACAAGAUCCCGUAUGCCUGCAUGCAAAACACACACUCGCGGCGUGCCAAGCUGCUGGAGGACUAUCAAGUGCCUGUCUACUUCACCGAUGACCUGUUCCAGUACGCCGGUGAAGAAAAGCGGCCUCCAUAUCGCUGGUUUGUCAUGGGCUCCGCCCGUUCAGGCACUGGUAUUCACAUUGAUCCCCUAGGAACCAGCGCCUGGAAUGCCUUGGUGCAUGGCCACAAAAGGUGGUGCCUGUUCCCAACGCACACGCCAAAGGAGAUGCUGAAGCUGCGCCCUGAAGAUGGAGGCAAACAGGGUGAUGAAGCCAUCACGUGGUUCCGUCUGGUCUACCCAAGGACGCAGCAGCCAUCCUGGCCUACAGAAUGCAAGCCACUGGAGCUUGUGCAGAAGCCCGGUGAGGUGGUGUUUGUGCCAGGUGGCUGGUGGCAUGUGGUGCUCAACCUUGACCACACCAUCGCGGUGACGCAGAACUUCUGUAGCCGCACCAACUUCCCCAUAGUGUGGCACAAGACGGUGCGAGGGAGGCCAAAACUCUCGCGCAAGUGGUACGAGGCACUCAAGGAGCACAGGCCAGAGCUAGCUGCCGUUGCUGACAAGGUGGAUGUGUCUCGAGACUCUGGUGUCGCCUCGGACAGCUCGUCGGGAUCCAGUUCAUCAUCAUCAGAUUCUUCCUGCUGUUCGAGCUCCGACGAAGACUCUGGCAAAGGGAGCCUAAAUGGCUACAAACGCAAGAGCCAACAGUCCCAUUGCUUACUCUCGCCCAUCUCCUACACGCUCUCUUCUGCUCUGCGCUCUGUUCUGGCCCAGCCUACCACCGGUGGUUGUCCGCUGGCACUGGUCGUUCUUUGGGCUCAUCUGCAAGUGCCUUCAUAUCUAUUGGAAUCUUGUGUUUGUAAUUCCAUGGCAAACCUAUGACAAAAGGAAGCGCUCCUCAAGCAGAGAAGACCGCAGGGAUCACAAGCGGGGCUGCAGCAGGUGUUGAGAAAGUGUUUCCAUAGACUGGUUGCAAGUGUGUGCAUAAUGCGAAAAAGGAGAGAGAGUGAAUAGUCUAGUGUCACCGCCUGUGCCAGUGUGACGGUAGCCAGGCGGCAGUGGACAUUGACGCCUAGAGGCAUCUGUUCUUGAGACUGAAAGCACCACAACCUACAUCUCGCCUGUUACUUCGCUUUCCCUCCUUUCUUUUAAAAAAAGAAACUUGUCAGAAGAAUGUGGCACUGCUCGCUCACAUGCCAGUAGAACUCCAGUCACGAGCGCUGCUGUCCAAUUUUAUUUUUUUCUCCCGCUGAUCGGUGUUGCCACUUGGACAGAGCCUCGAUUCUGCAUUAUGAUUACAUUUUAAGUGAUGUAUCACUCUUCCAUUCAACUCUCAUUAUUUAUGGCACUUAGUGGCCAUUCACGUUCCUUCUGUGCUCAUGCUGCCAUUCGUAAGAGAUUUUUUGUACAUCAUGAUUCACACGUAAUAAAAGAGGUUAAGAUUAUUUAA